CGAUCCAGAGGGUGGAUCUAUCACUCAAGUAGCCAGAGUGGUCAUCGAGAGAAUAGCCCGGAAGGGGGAACAAUGCAAUAUUGUACCUGAUAAUAUCGAUGAUAUUGUAGCAGACCUGGCUCCGGAAGAGAAAGACGAAGAUGACACCCCCGAAACAUGCAUCUACUCCAACUGGUCCCCGUGGUCCGCCUGCAGCUCCUCCACCUGCGACAAGGGCAAGAGGAUGAGGCAGCGUAUGCUGAAAGCACAGCUGGACCUCAGUGUCCCCUGCCCUGACACGCAGGACUUCCAGCCCUGCAUGGGCCCUGGCUGCAGUGAUGAAGAGGGCUCUACCUGCACCAUGUCGGAGUGGAUCACCUGGUCACCAUGCAGCAUCUCCUGUGGCAUGGGCAUGCGGUCCCGGGAGAGGUACGUGAAGCAGUUCCCGGAGGAUGGCUCCGUGUGUACGCUGCCCACUGAAGAAACAGAGAAGUGCACAGUCAACGAGGAAUGCUCUCCCAGCAGCUGCCUGAUGACGGAGUGGGGCGAGUGGGAUGAAUGCAGCGCCACCUGCGGGAUGGGCAUGAAGAAGCGGCACCGCAUGGUCAAAAUGAGUCCAGCCGACGGCUCUAUGUGCAAGGCGGAGACGGCGCAAGCAGAGAAGUGCAUGAUGCCUGAGUGCCACACCAUCCCAUGCUUGCUGUCCCCAUGGUCUGAGUGGAGCGACUGCAGUGUGACCUGUGGGAAGGGCAUGCGCACCCGCCAGCGGAUGCUCAAGUCUCUGGCCGAGCUUGGUGACUGUAACGAGGAUCUGGAGCAGGUGGAGAAGUGCAUGCUGCCUGAAUGCCCCAUUGACUGUGAGCUCACCGAGUGGUCCCAGUGGUCAGAAUGUAACAAAUCAUGUGGAAAAGGCCACAUGAUUCGAACCCGGUUGAUCCAGAUGGAGCCUCAGUUUGGAGGCGCUCCCUGUCCAGAGACUGUGCAGCGCAAAAAGUGCCGCAUCCGGAAAUGCCUUCGAAACCCAUCCAUCCAGAAACUGCGCUGGAGGGAGGCCAGAGAGAGCAGGAGAAGUGAGCAGCUGAGGGAAGAGUCUGAAGGGGAGCAGUUUCCAGGUUGUAGGAUGCGCCCAUGGACAGCCUGGUCGGAAUGCACCAAACUGUGUGGCGGCGGGAUUCAGGAACGCUACAUGACUGUAAAGAAGAGGUUCAAAAGCUCCCAGUUUACCAGCUGCAAAGACAAGAAGGAGAUCAGAGCAUGCAAUGUUCACCCUUGUUAG